GGAGGAAGGAAGUACCCGCCAGCGCGCUUCCGGGGCUGCGCUGGCUUCGCCUGCGCCCAGCCGCACCAUGGGGCCGCUGCCGCGGACUCUCGAGCUCUUCUACGAUGUGCUGUCCCCCUAUUCCUGGCUGGCCUUCGAGGUCCUGUGCCGGUAUAAGAACAUCUGGAACGUCAGCCUGCAGCUGCGUCCAACCUUAAUUGCAGGGAUCAUGAAAGACAGCGGAAACCAGCCGCCAGCUUUGCUUCCCCGCAAAGCCUUAUACGUGAAAAAUGAUGUUAGGCUCCUGGGACAGCAUCUCCAGGUUCCCAUCCACUUACCCAAGGAUUUCUUCUUUGUGAUCUUUGAAAAAGGAAGUUUGACAGCCAUGCGCUUCCUCACCCUCGUGAAACUGGAGCACCCGGAGUUGCUGGAGAAAGUGUCCAGGGAACUGUGGAUGCGCAUCUGGUCACGGGACGAAGACAUCACGGAGCCCCAGAGCAUCCUGGCCGCUGCAGAGAAGGCUGGCAUGUCCACGGGACAAGCCCGGGAACUUCUGGAAAGGGUCUCAACACCAGAGGUGAAGAACCAGCUCAAGGAGACCACUGAGGCAGCCUGCAAAUACGGGCCCAAUAACCACCUGCUCCAUCACUCUCCUUCCUGCACGGUGGCUGCUUUCUCCAGGCCUUUGGGCUGCCUGUCACUGUGGCCCACCUGGAUGAUGAAACCUACAUGCUGUUCGGCUCUGACCGGAUGGAGUUGCUGGCACACCUUCUGGGAGAGAAGUGGAUGGGCCCUGUGCCUCCAGCUGUAGUUGCCAGACUUUAAGGAAGCCCAGAAGCAGCAGAAUUAUUGGUAUAAAAGAGCAGACUAUCUCCUUACCCCUCGUCGAGCGUGGGGCCCGGGGACUCUGGUUUCCUGUCUGGUGGAGGUUCCUCUCCAGCCCUGGGGGAUGCCGGCGAGGGGCUCAGCAGUACACCAUCUACCAUUAGUCUCACGGCUGCUGUUACUUCUGCGCCUCACGAGUGCCUUUCGAGAGCCCCAAACCCUGCUUCCCACAAAAUAAACCUAAUGCCAUUAGG